UCUUAUAUGAAGACUUUGUGUUAUUUUGCGUCAUUUUGUGUAUAUAAUGGUAGUAGGUAAAUGAUUUAGAGGAAUUCGUAUUGGAUUUUGAUGAACUUGUAUCUGUGCUUCUAGCUCCACCUAGGAUGAGUUUGGAUUUGUACGAUUAACAAAUGUUUGAGCUGAAAGAAUUAAAUUUGAUUACACCUGCCUUUACAUAUUUUUGUUGCGUAAGGAUUUUCUAUGAAGAAUAUAUAUGUAUGUAUGUGUAAAGGAUGCACUAAGCAUCUCGCAUUUUGAUAAAGAAAUGAACUUUGGGCUUAACUCAACUCCAAAAGUUAGCUCAUGAAGUGAGGAUAUCGCGUAAGACCGUAUAAGGAGACCUAGAACCCAUCCCACAACAAUGUGUGACUCCAACACAUUCACGCAAGUUCUGGGGAAGGGUUGCACUCGUAAGGGUUGUGAUGUAGGCAGCCAUAAUUGUGUGUACCCAUUCGUUAGAAAACUACACUGUGCAAGUGGAGUUAAAUUGUAUCUUUUUUGGUUUUGUGUGAGUUGUUCAAUCCCCUUGACAUGAAAAAAAGAAGCAAAAUUCAAGUAUAAUGGUAAAAGGGGAUUCAAAAUUGCUUUAGUUCAGAUGUUCAAAUUUCGAGUUCCGACUCUACAUCAUGGAUGUUAGUGGUAGUAGUCAAACAAUUGUUGCUGUGAGGUAGAUUCUGUAUUUAGUGUGGGUGGGUUUGGAUCUAAACUGGCUUUUAUAUAUAUUCACAUUUUUUAAAUUUCUUAUAUAUGUAGAAAUGUUCGAGCUGAAAGCAGUGAAUUUGAUCAUACCUGCCUUGACAUUUUUUGUUGCAUAAGGAAGUUGCAUGAAGAAGUUAUAUGUAAUUGCAUCAUUUUGUGUACAUCGUGGAUGUUAGUGGUAGUACCCAAAGUAUUAUUGCUAUGAGGCAGACUCAGUUGUUAGAGUUAGUGGGUUUGGAUUUGGACGGACUAUUAUAUAUACACACAUUUUAAAAGUUCCUUAUAUAUGUACGAAUGUGUGAUCUGAAAGUUGUGAAUUUGAUUACACCUGCAUUUAGUGGACUGCCUAAAUCAGUGGAAAUAAAGGUUUAUUGCUUAAAAAGGCUUUAGUAUCUAUAAUAUCCAGGUUCAAUGAUGACUAAAAUCAAAUGGAUGUUCUUCUACGUUGACAAAAAUUUUCUCAAACGUUUAUGAGAAAAAUAGGUUCCAUUAACUAUGUUAGAUCACUGAAUUUCUUAGUGCUAUGGAGGUCACUCGUAAUUUUGACUUUUAUUUCUGCUAGAACAUAUGGCUGCAUUUUUUGGGUAAGUUAUGCCAAAGAACUCCUCAACUUUGAUAGGAGAACUUCUUAUCUUCGGUUUUGUGCUAUAAACUAAUGGCUUACUUGGGUUUUAGCCACAUUAACACUCACUUGACAUGAAGAUUUUUCCAUCUGCCUUGCCGGACUUAUGCAAAGUUGUCUGUUAUAUAACAAUGGAAGACAUCAAUUUUAUCAUGCUUAAAAUUUUGUACAGAGUCUAUGCAUUUCAGGGAGAUAAAUAUGCAUAUCAAAACAGGUUUUGUUACAGUACACACCCAUUCUAGCAGAGGUGUACUCUUGUGAUUUACUGCACCCACUUUCUAAAAUUCUGGAUCUGCCUCCGAGAGCUAGAUAUCUUCUGUCAGAGAUAUAUCACGAAGUACUAUGGCUGAGAAUUCUGAAAGUUCCAACAGUCGGCGUUUACUUAGAUUAAAGCUCACUGAUGGGCACUCUGAAAUCACUGCUAUAGAGUACUCUCAUAUACCAUCAAUUCCUGAUGAUGUUGUUCCUGGCACUAAGGUGCGCUUGGAAAACAAAGCCACAAUUCACAGUGGUAUUGUGUGUUUGAAUGCCAAAAUGAUUACUGUUUUAGGAGGAACUGUUAGUUCUCUUUAUGAGGAAUGGCAGAUGAACAAAAAAUAUUCAGGUUUCUCCCGUUCAACCUUGAAAGUAGCACACGAGGAUGGAACUGCUGGUCCACCACCAUUUGAAAAGUUGCAGAUUGGAGCUUUGCAGAAACCCCUUUCUCAGCAUAAGAGAUAUUCUGAAAAAGCUCAAAGUUCCACAGCUAGUCAAACACAUAGAUUUCAGAACAAUGAGUCAAGGAUAGAGAGCACGGGUAAUGAACUGAAGCCACCGGCUCAUAUUGAAAGGAUUGAAGAAAAGCCAAGCACAUCUGAAUCAAGGCCAAAAGAAGUGGCCGAGGCUGUCCCUGUUCAAAACCAAGCAGCUGCGCAAAAAUUACUACAGAAAAUGAGUCAGCCUCCUCCUCGUGGUGGUCAUCAUUCUAGAGGGCGAGGACACAGGGGAAGGGAUAGAGAGGAAGAUGAGUCACACCUUCUUACCCUAGAGGAAUGGGAAAGGAGAAAAACUGGUGCUAAUGUUUCUGCAGCUCGUAAUUUCCCUGAUGUUAGCCAAGAUGAGGAUCUUGCUAGACAGCUGCAACAUCAACUAGAUUUCGAAGAUUUGCAUGAACAAGAAGAUAGUACAACCACUGCGGCAGAGAACAUCAGAAUGAGCAUGUUCACAUUUGAAAGAGAGGAUGGUGGAACAACAGGAUUUAGGGGAAGAGGGAGAGGAAGAGGAAGAGGGAGGGGCAGAGGAAGAGGUAGGGGAAGGAGAGGCUGAAUUUCGUCUACCGGUCAGCCUUUCUGCCUUUUCAUUUUACUACUCCCUCGUUUAAAAAUGAAUGACCUUUUUAGUCUGUUUCAAAAAGAAUGUCUUGCUCCUUUUCUGGUAACAUUUUAAUUUCAGUUGUCACGUGACAUGAUUAAAGCCACAAGAUUGAAGAGCAAUUUAGUACAUUUGACUUAACUUUAAUUUAGGACCGCAGAUUCAAAAGUUUCUUUAUUUUUUAAAAUUUUGUGUCAAGUUAAACGAGGUCAUUUUUUUUAAACGGAGGGAGUAUAUAGUAUUUGUGGAAUGCACGAAAAGCAUUAUGGAGAAGAUCAAAAAAAUAUACUCUAUUUGCUCGACCAUCUUGAAUUUUUUUUCUUAAUUUAUCAAUUGUGAAAUUUGAAUUA